GCCCCCCAAAUCCCCCCUCCCUGUGUUACCUGUUUGUGGCGGGGUCGGAGCCCGGCCCGGGGCUCCCCCACCUCAUAUCUGUGGAGGAGGAGGAGGGGAAGGGGCUGGAAUUAGGGAGGGGCAGGAGCGGGAGGAAGUGGAGGGGGAGGAAAGGGCGGGAUGGGGAGGACCCGGAGCAGGAAGAGCAGUGUCAGCCGGAACAGAAGGAAAGGCUGUGGGGCCGGAGCUUCCCCGAGAGCAUCGCUCCCUCCGCAUCCCGCGGAGGAGGACCAGAACCUCGACCAGACUGUGAUCACCACUUUCGACCAGACUGUGAUCACCACCCUCGCCCAGACUUCGACCAGCACUCUCACCAACAGGAUUUCUCCUUCCUUGGCCAGAUGGAGGAGGAGGCUGCGAGGAAGAGGAAGAUGCUGUGGGGCACCCAGGCAGGCCCUGAGCUGAGGAUGGAGAGCAUGGAGAACAAAUCCCCCCAGCAGAACCUGGUGGGAGAGGCCAUUUUGAACGGCUCCAGGGCACAGGAAGGCACUGGGGAGGAAAACUCCUGGACAUUCCCCAGGAGGAGGGACUCCAAAGCCAGCCCAGGGUGCUUCGAGGAGGAAAGACUCACCCUGUGCUGGGAAGGCAGCCAGAGCUUGAGCCAGAGCUCUGACCUGGUGGUCCCUGAGCAGUUUCACACUCAGGAAAAGCCUUACAAGUGCUUGGAAUGUGGGAAGAGCUUCAGAUGGAACUCCCACCUCCUCACCCACCAGCGCAUUCACACUGGGGAGCGGCCCUACACGUGUGGGGAAUGUGGGAAGAGCUUCAGGCACAGCUCCCACCUCAUCACCCAUCAGAAUUUCCACAGCGGGGAACGGCCCUACAUAUGUGGGGAAUGUGGGAGAAGCUUCAGCCGGAACUCUGACCUGAUCUGCCACCAGAAGAUCCACGCUGGGGAACGGCCCUACAAGUGCUUGGAAUGUGGGAAGAGCUUCAGCAAGAGCACUGCCCUCCUCACCCACCAGCACCUGCACACAGGGGAACAGCCCUACACAUGUGGGGAGUGUGGGAAGAGCUUCAGCCAGAGCUCCAACCUCAUCACCCACCAGCGUGUCCAUACUGGAGAACGGCCCUACACGUGUGGGGAAUGUGGGAAAAGCUUCAGCCAGAGCUCCAGCCUGACCUGCCACCAGAAGAUCCACACUGGAGAACGGCCCUACAAGUGCUUAGAAUGUGGGAAAAGCUUCAGCAAGAGCUCCCACCUGAUUCGCCACCAGCAGAUCCACACGGGGGAACGGCCCUACAAGUGCUUGAAGUGUGGGAAGAGCUUCAACGUCAGCUCCAACCUGAUCCGCCACCAGCAGAUCCACAGCGGGCAACAGUCCUAAAAGUGUGGGGGAUGUGGGACAACCUUCAGUGACAGCUGCACCUUCACCACCCACCAGCACAUCCACACCAAGGAGAGGCCCUACACAUGUGGGGAGCACGGGAGGAGCUUCGUCCGCUGCUCCAACUCCAUCACCCAUCGGAGGACCCUUGUUAGGAAGAGACCUGGUGCCCCACGUUCUGGGUGAUCCAUGUUGGGCACAGCCCUAGUGAUCCGUGUUCCCAGUGAUCCGUGCUGGGCAGUGUACUGGGUUUUGGUAGCAGGGGGGACUCCAGGGGUGGGUUCUGUGAGCAGCUUCCAGAAGCUUCCCCCAUGUCUGGCAUCUGUUCUGACCCACCCUGAAGGUGAGGGUGACCCAGGUUCUCAUUUAUCGAUUCCUUGGGGCAGAUCAGAGUGAAAGGACAGUAAAUGAUGGCUGUUUAUAAAUAUAUAUGUGUAGGGUUUAUUUUAGAACAGUUUGGUUGCCAUGUAAAGCAGGUUUGGAGCCAUUUUGGUUCUUAUCUCUAGUAAUAAAAAAGCAUAAAAGAAACACUUAAGAAAAUUUAUAAGGGAAAAGAAAGAAUCAGAGUAGAAAAAUACAGAGUCACAACCCGAGGAUCCAGCAUAGACUUGGUUGUUGCAAUUCCCAUGUCCCUUGGUCCAAGUGAUGAUCACGGUCUUGAUCCAGCAGGGUUUUUCAGUUUCAGGGAAAGUUUUUCAAUGCCAAAUGUUUACUCUUUUUCUUUAAAUCCAGGACUGAGAGCAGUUAAUUCUGCUUUCUGAGACAGUCAUUGGUAAGGCUGUGAUUCGAUUCCCUUGUUGGUGGUGGUCACUGCUCAGCCUGUCACUCGUUUUCCCUCCCAAACAAAGCUGCUUCCACUGGGUACAAUUCCCAGUCAGGGGUUUGGGCUGGAAUAGGCUCUUUGGUGAUCUGCUAGAAACUGUGCAAACACUCCCAGAGCAACAUUCUGCCUCUCACAGAUAAAAACAGUUCAAAAGGUUUUGAGAGAUCUGGCAGACCCCAGAGCUGGGCCUCUCAUCAGGGGGUGCUUUGGCUGCUUAAAGGCUGCUCUUGCACCAUCUGCCCAGGUGAGGAAAUUCUUAUAGGGCUGUUUUUAAAAGUUCAUAUAAUGGUCUUACCACAAGUCCAUAGUGAGCAAUCCAGAGUGGACACCAUCCUGCCACUCCCAGGAAGGCAGUUCAUGAACUGUUUGGGGCUCAGGGAGGAGACAAGUGGCUUCUUUUCUUCCUUCCCGGUUUCUGGAUUUUCUCAUUCAAAAGUAAAGAUUUCUUGCCUUUCCUUGAUCAAGAGGAUGCAGAAAAAGGCACGUUUAAUACUGUAAACUGUUCUAGAUUAUCACUGAAGUGGUUUCUCUCAGGUCCUGCACUAAGCAAUGAUCUUUACCAUUUGCUUUCUUUAUGGGUACUUGGAUUCACAUUCUACAAGCAAACCAUGCUUAGCAAAUAUGUCUGUUAUUGAAACCAAUCCAACUUAGCUUUUUAAUUUCAAAGGAUAUGGGUUUUGCCUUACUGAUAUAGCUCCUUCCUCAGGGGUGAUUCGAUUUUCCUGGAAUUCCACUGUCCCACAUGAUAGGAACAACUUCAACUUCAGUCGGCGUCACAGGUUUUCUUGUUUUCAAGGAAAAAAAAGCCCCUGCUUGGAAUUUUUUCCCUUUAGCACUGUGAAAGAAAGGUGUUGAGGGAGGGAGGGAGGGGGGAGGAGAUGGCCAGGGUGAGCCAGACACACAAAAGGACCGGCUGAUAGCCCCACAUUCCGAGCUAAUUGCUUCAGAAGGCUGCAGGGGGAGGUGAGUUGUUUUUUUCUUCUGGGGACGGGCACUUAACUUUAGCCCUGACUCAGGGAGGGUGUGAGCGAAAAGAAGAGCUCCGGGGUUCAUUUUUUGUUUUCGGCCAAGUCACCUGGCCACCUUUGGCCCCUCUGUUCCUUCACACCCUGUCCUGCCCACGGCCUGGCUCAGCUUCUUGAACGAAGAUUUGGGGAGGGCUCUACCCACGUUUGUUACAAACACACUGGUGGCUAAAAAGGCCAAUACGAGACAGGCAGGUCCAGCUGCAAAAGGCACAGCAGAAAGACUCCUUAGGUGGAAUAUUGUGCAGGACACGAUUCUUUCUGCGUUGUCUUUUCUCCUCGAGAGUGACCCUGUGUGCUUUCUCAAAAGCAUCAGCAGCGUUAUAGAUGGGGUGUCUCCAGACCUCCCGGUUGGAGGCCACAGUAGACCAGUUAUGGUGAUCGAUAUGGCCAAGGUUGAGAUGUUGUUUCAGGGAGUCCUUGUAUCUUCUCUUCGGGGCUCCUCUCUUGCGGCAGCCGGUGGCAAGUUCACCAGAGAGCAGGAUCAUAGGGAGAGGGUAAGAGAAGGACAACUCUAAACCUGGGCAGAUGGAGCUCGUUCAGCCCUGUAAGGCCAUCCAUCUAAGAGAAGGUCACUCUAAACAAACCUGCAUCUUGAGGCCCUCGCUGCCACCGUCCAAGCUCACUCGGCCCCGGCAGAUGAACCUUAGGAUUAAAGGGUGGGCUCAGUUCAGUGCACACUGUGUCUCACCUAAAAAAUCCACUGCACAGGCUCGAAGGCCUUACCUGCAUUUGCAAAGCCCUGGAUCACCAGCGCUUGUAACAAACGUGGGGUGAGACCUUUCCCAAAUCUUCUGGCCAUGAUUGAGGGAGGGGGUGGUCCUUCAUCCUUGAGAUGUGCCCUGCCCAGCGCAUCUGUGUUCUCAGCAACGUGGCCUCAAUACUUGUGGCUGCUGCUUGUUCUAGAACAGACGUAUUGGUCACAUAAUCUGACCAGGGGAUGUUUAGGAUUGCUCGCCUCAGAUUUCAUCGGAGGAGCCGGUACCGUCCGCGGAGGAGCUUUUGAGGGGAAAGGCUGCUCUUUACCCCGCUCCGUGCUGGUGGCAGUUUACACCCGUGGGCGAGGAAGGGCAGUUCCAGGCAGAGCCCGAUGGGAGGAAUCGCCCUCUGUCCCCUUCUCCCUCCCCGUCUGUGAGGGCCCCUCAGAGACCCGACAGCGCCCCCUGCCGGCCGUGAGCUCGGCACCGCAGCCCCGCCCCUGUCACCACAGCCCUGCCCCCAGCACUGCAGCCCCGCCCCCUGGUGCGCCAGCGCCCCCUGCCGGCCGUGAGCUCGGCACCGCAGCCCCGCCCCCGGCACCGCAGCCCCGCCCCCGGCGCCGCAGCCCCGCCCCCGGCACCGCAGCCCCGCCCCCUGGUGCGACAGCGCCCCCUGCUGGCCCGGUUAUCACUGCACCGAGCGGCGAAAAAUGACUUUAAUUGUUUUAUCGGUGCGAGUUUGGGGGCGGGAUCGCUGCUCGUUUCCUUUCGUUGUGUUACCUGUCCCUCUAUGUUCUCUAGUAAAGAGCUGUUAUUUUUUCUUUU